GACCGUGACAGAGAACUUCCGGACCCAUCACAGACCGUGACAGAGAAACCCCAGUACCCAUCACAGACCGUGACAGAGAACCUCUGGACCCAUCACAGACCAUGACAGAGAAACCCUAGCACCCAUGACAGACCGUGACAGAGAAACCCUAACACCCAUCACAGACCGUGACAGAGAACUCCAGAGAUCAUCACAGACCGUGACAGAGAACUCCAGAGAUCAUCACAGACCGUGACAGAGAACUCCAGAGAUCAUCACAGACCGUAACAGAGAACCUUCGGACCCAUCACAGACCGUGACAGAGAAACUGUAGAUUUGAAGCAUCAAAUAAACGGUCAGCUACAAAUCUAUCGUAAAGAAAUGGAAGAAGACGUUGUCCAUUUAAUUCGUAACAAUAGGUCCAUCGUGUUUCACACUUUUAAUCCCGCAAGGGAUUGCGCUAACAGCUUAUUUUAAAGCAUCGAUACUUCUAUUUCCUUUUAUCAAAUUGUAGUCAAGACCGAAUUCGAACAUUUCUAGUUCUUGUCUUAAAUUGCUAGAGUCAUCAUGAUCGAGUGACUAAAUUGUUCGAUACGUAUUCACAAGGUGCUGUGUGCAAACUUCAGUAGCAUCAACCAUGGAAUGAUCCUGGGCAAGUCACUAACAGCUGUUUGUCUCGGAUCACCUCUCCGAUAGAUGCGAGAAGCACCCCUUUCUGAAGAAUGGCUUAUCAGAAAAAUUUGAAACUUUAAAGGUAGAUAGAUCUCGAUGAGUAGAGCAAAAUUUGUCUUCGACACAAAAUUCUCAAAUGAUUUUUUCUAGAAGAUAUUGGGAUCGCAAAGGCUAAACAUCGCUCUGCUUUCUCAGCUGCAAUAUGUUCGACAGAGGUGACACUUAUUUUUUACAUACGCUAGACACUAUGUGUAGUGUCUAUGUUAUUAGGUUUACUUUUAUCUUGUUUCAUUCGAACGAAAAGAACAAAAUAUGGAGUAUACUUCAUUAGGAGAAUUUUGCAUAGAAUAGAAAAAUCAUAGCACGAGUUUUCUGAAAAUUGGAUUUAAUAAAUGUACUAACUAAUGAGGAAAUCGCCCGAAGUGAUUCACCGUCUUUGAGCUCACAUGUUGCGCGCAUAUAGAGGGGACCUCUCUAGACUAGAAUAACCUUAAAACGGCUCGGACCCAUAGGCCUUCUCUACAGAGUUAUACCAAUAUUAGCCUAUGGUACGGUAUGGACAAAUAAACUGAUCUGAAAUUUUGUCUACAGAUAAGUCUACUUGUCAUUAGAAUGCUCUGAAAAUGUCUCGCGAGAUAUUGAAUUUUCAAAAAUCAUUCAGAUCUCAUAAAAGAUGCGAGAAUCUUAUAUUUUAUCGACAUUCAAUAUCUCGCGAAGGAAAUAUUAUUUUCAGUUGAAAUUUUCAGAGCAUUCUAAUGACAAGUAGACCUAUCUGUGGACAAAUUUUCAGGUCAAUUUAUUUGUACAUAUCGUGCUAUAAGCUAAUUGCUAUAACUCUGUAGAAGAGGCCUAUGACCUCGAACCCUUUUACGAUUAUUCUAGUCUAGAGGUUCCUUCUAUAUCCCCAAAAUAUGAGCUCAAAAGUGAUGAAUCACUUCGAGCGGUUCUCUCGUAAGACUCAUCACUUAUAUAACACUUCACAGAGAACACAUGUGAGCUAUAUUAGCGAUGAAAAAUUAAAAACCGAAAAAAUUUUGAUUUUCAUGUCCGGAAAAGAGAAGAGUUCUCUUAAGUGAUUGAGCGCAAGAACUCUGCGUCAUAUCGAACUUCUAUCAAGAGUUACAGUUACUAUUAAUUAUAGAAAAUUUAUUAGGCUAUUGAAUUUACCACAAGGCAGAGUAAUUUUUUUCCUUUCUUUAAAUUGUCAAAUAAUAGUAUAAAUCUUUUCAUUAGUGUCUUUUUAUUUUUUGUUGUUAUAUUUAAAGGCAUAUACAAGUGAAGAUUCACCAGAAUGUGAUGCAGUUAAAAAUUUACUUCGUGAACGUAUUGAUGAAUAUGUUAAAGAAGUUUUAAUACCAUAUUUUUCUCCAUUGAUUACUUUUGUUCGUGAUAGUGAUCAAUUUUUAUCCGAUGGCAAUAUAAAACAAUUAGAAAAUAAAUUAACAAUAAUUAGUAAAUUAUUUAGUGGUGAUUUUAAAAAGACAUUUGAUUUAAUUCAUAAUGAUGUUAUUCGUUCAUUUCCAUCACUUAAACUUAGUCAACCAAUUCUUAAAGAAGUUUUUACACAAUUUCUAUCUUAUUAUCAUGAUUUUCAACGUUUAUUAUCAAAUAAUACAAAUUUAAAAACUGCAUCGUCAAAUAUAUCUUUACCUAAUCUUCAUCAAUUAAUGGUUGAAAUAAAAAAAUUUAAAUUACCUUUUGAUGGUGAUCAAUUUAAAUCACGUUCAUAA